UAAACAGUCUCCUGUGAACAGGACACUGGUGGCUACAAAAUGUGGGGAAGGCUAUACAGCUGUUUCCUGGUUUCUCUCCUGUUGAUGGUGGUCUGGGCUGCCCCCCAGAAAGACCACGAUCAUUCAGAAGACCACCAUCAACAUCUCCACCAUGGUAAGGAUGAACCUCACCCCAGCCACGAAGGAGCAGAUGAUUUAUCCCACAGACUCUCCCCCCACAACGCCGACUUCGCCUUCUCCCUCUACAAGAAGCUCUCCACCCACCCUGAAGCCAAAGGCAAGAACAUCUUCUUCUCUCCACUGAGCAUCUCCAUGGCUCUGUCCAUGCUGGCUCUGGGAGCUAAAGGUAACACCCACUCUCAGAUCUUCAGCACCCUGGGCUACAGCACCCUCACUCCUGAUCAGGUCAAUGAAGGGUUCGAGCACCUGUUCCACAUGCUGGACCACAACCAGGAUGCCAUGCUGCUGGAGGCAGGAAGUGCUCUUGCUGUUCAGGAAGGCUUCAAACCCGUCGACAAGUUUCUGAAAGAUGCUCAGCAUUUUUACGAAGGUGAAGCCUUCACUGUGGACUACUCCAAACCUGAAGUCGCUGUGCAAGAAAUCAACAAGUACAUUGCCAAAAAGACCAAGGACAUGAUCACUGAUAUGAUCGAGACCCUGGAUCCACAGACUGUGAUGAUGCUCAUUAACUACAUCUAUUUCAAAGGUAAAUGGGAAGAACCUUUUAAAGCGCGGCUCACCCAUAAAGCCGACUUCAAUGUAGAUGAAAACACCAAGGUGUCUGUGGACAUGAUGUCAAGAACCGACCUAUUUGACUUCUACCGUGACCAAGAAAACUCUACCUCCAUCAUCAAGGUGCCCUACAAAGGCAACACCUCCAUGAUGCUCGUUCUUCCUGAUGAGGGAAAGAUGGAAGAGCUGGAAAAGGACCUCUGCAAACACCAUCUCAAGCACUGGAAUGAGAAACUGUCUGGAAGGCCUGUGGAUCUGCGGAUGCCCAGAUUCAACACCUCUGCCUCCAUCAAUCUUGAGAAAACUCUGCCUGAAAUGGGAAUAGUUGAUGCUUUUAAAGACACUGCUGACCUGUCUGGUAUCAGUAAGGAACUGAAACUGGUGGUUUCUAAGGUCCUCCAUCAGGCAGUGCUUAAAGUUAAUGAGGAGGGCACUGAAGCAGCUGCUACCACCACCAUAGAGAUCUUGGAGAGGUCUUUAUUAGUUUCUGAAUCUAUGGUUCUCAACAGACCAUUCCUGUUGUUUAUUUUGGAUUCCAACACCAGAAGCAUCCUCUUCAUGGGCAAGAUCAACAACCCCACUGCAUAGACAACUGAAUAUCCAUCAAACCAGCACACAGUAUAAACUCUUCAACUUAUGUAUUCCAGUGUUAAUGUUGCAUAUAUUGGAUUCUGUAUUCAUGGACAUAAUGAAAUAAAUAAAGUAAUAAAGAAAGAGGGUUAUAGCUUUAUAAA